AUUUUUGUCAUUUUUAUGUAUAACAGAGAAUAAGUAAUUAAGUGGGUUUUGAGUAAUGGAAGAGAAAAUGGAGCUUCCACCCUUCAAAACAAAAGGAACAAGCUUCCUCAAGACUUGCUUCAAUGGCAUAAAUGCCUUAUCAGGAAUUGGAUUAAUAACCAUCCCCUACACACUCUCACAAGCCGGUUGGUCUGGUUUGGCUGCUCUUCUAUCAAUGGCAAUUGUAACUUGUUACACAGGUCUCCUUCUACAUCGAUGCUUAGACUCCAACCCAUCAAUCAAAAAUUACCCAGAAAUCGGUUUGUAUGCAUUUGGACAAAAAGGAAAAUUAAUCAUAUCAAUAUUUAUGUAUCUAGAGUUGUAUCUAGUCCCAACUGGGUUCUUAAUAUUAGAAGGAGAUAAUUUACACAAACUAUUUCCAAACGUUGGAUUUGAGAUCGUUGGAACCCACAUCGGAGGGAAAAGACUUUUCACAAUGCUUGCUGGGUUAAUAAUCUUACCAUCUAUGUGGCUGAAAGAUUUAAGCUGGCUUUCGUUUGUGUCAGCCGGUGGAGUCUUGUCGACCAUUUUGGUUACUGGUUCGGUUUUCUGGGUUGGUGGUUUUGAUGGAGUUGGGUUCUCGAGUAAUAGAGGACAAGAAGUAUUUAACUUGAAGGGAAUUCCUACUGCUCUCAGCUUGUAUGCAUUUUGCUAUGGUGCUCACCCAGUUUUCCCUACCUUGUAUUCUUCCAUGAAAGACAAAACUCGUUUUCCCAAGGUUUUGUUCAUAAGUUUUGGUUUGAGCACUAUGAGCUAUAUGUUAAUGGCUGUUGUUGGGUACCUAAUGUUUGGUCAACAUGUUGAAUCCCAAGUGACAUUAAACUUACCCACAAACAAAGUGAGUUCAAAAAUAGCUAUAUACACCACAUUGGCAGGCCCUAUUGCUAAAUAUGCACUUAUAAUUACACCCAUUGCAAAUGCAAUUGAAAGUCAAGUGUCUACCCACAGACUCAGUUGCAUAAUCAUAAGAACUCUCUUAUUGCUUAGUACAGUUUUUGUAGCAUUGCUUUUUCCAUUUUUUGGGCUACUCAUGGCACUUGUUGGAGCAAUACUUAAUGUCACAGUCUCCAUUUUGUUGCCCUGCAUUUGCUAUUUGAAGAUUUUCGGUGGUAAAAAAUGGAGAUAUGAAUUUGUGAUCAUUGUGGGGAUUAUACUUGUGGCUAUUCUUGUUGGAGUUAUGGGUACAUAUUCAUCUAUUGUGCAGAUUAUGAAACAUAUUUGAGGGUUAUAAUUAAAACUCUCUUUUUUUUAAGUUUGUUGACUUGUA